AUGGAAAGCGACUCGCAAACUUUUGUUGACACUUCAGGCGACGAGCGCCUAUCUCGCCAAUUCACAUUGCUUUUCAAUCUACUUCAGAAUUUUCAACGUGCACCGAAGAAGGGCUUCAUCGACUCAUGGAGGGAAACAAAUAAAGACACAGAAGGGAAAUCUACAGCAAGAAUCUUUUUAGAUGCAGGAUUUGCCGCUUGGUUGGCGUACUUUCUCGCCAGAAACGCCGCAAAUGCUCAAUACCACUUACCCGGGAAAGCUGCCUACAUUUAUCUUAUCGCCGAUCUUGAGGAGGAGUCUACCGAACAUCGAAAAAAGUUAGCGGCGCAAGUGACCUCUGCCGUUCUACUGGACGUCGCGAAGAAGGUCGACAGAGUGUAUGCCAACAGAAUCAAACCGCUUCAAAAUGAAAACAUGUCACAGCACCAGAAUAAAAGACCACGCACUGCGGACGGCAAUGAUUAUUCAACCCUUUCGUCUACAAAUUCAUCCUACCCGAUCGCGACGUCGCCCAGCGGAAGCGCCCCAACCUCUACCUCCAAUGAAGCGCCUGCGUAUCCUUCUGUCAACUCGACCAAUUACUUUACCGAAGACCAACAUAUUCUGGUCAAUGCAUCUCUCUUGGAGGCAACAAAACUUUUCCCUCUAGACCUCUCGGACGCGAUCAAAAGGAACCCUUGCCCUAGGAACGGAGAUAUCUUGGUGGCCGCCAUAUCAAUGACAUUUCCGAAUACGCCAUCCACGAAUACGCAAUCCACGACUAUAUUUGAAUGUCAAAUGGCCAUUGAAAUCACGGAUGACAAGGUAUCACAUUUUGCUCGAGAAUUGUUUGGGGUACGCUUGGAAACAAGGGCUGGGCUGCGAUAUAUGUGUUCCGCUGCUGGCGGCUCCAAGGUACUGCCUAAUCCCAAAUUCACGCUUCAAGGGUGCCGACGCGACAUUAUUCCUUCUGCUUUUGGUCCCGAACCGGCUACUGCAAUUAUAACCAACACUAUGUAUCAGGAGGAUGUCAGGCAGUGCCGUGAUUGUACAGACUCUGUAUCUAUGGUGGUCUCACACCGGGCCGACGAUGGGGCUGUCAUUUAUGUAUCUCUAGGACUAUGGGAAGGAACACAGAUCAGAAAGAAACUCUAUUUGUAA